ACGUGUUGGACUUUACCAUCAUCUUCAUCGUCCCUGAGAGGCUUUCUGACGCUUGUGCUGCGCCGAGAAACGAUGGCUUCGACUCAAUCAAAGACUGAUCUACAUGAAGAGACCAUCCGGUUUGUCGAUCUCCUGGCGAAGAACGCUAGGUUAGAGGAUCGCCUGCCAGCCGACACGGACUUCUCUCCUGAAGAGAUGAAGACUUUGCAGGAUCAACUGCACUCUCUGGAGGCAUAUCCAAAGAAGGACCAGAGCCUCUUCUUCCUCGCCCUCUCCGCCCGGCACAUCCCCGCGCUCGUCUCCGCCAUCCGCACCACCUCGCGCGAGACACAAAACAAAGCGCUCUCUUCCUACAUCCAGCUCCUCUCCCUCCUCCCCGACACGCACGUAAACCCUUACCUCCGCAAGUACAUCCAGUCCCCUGAGUUCGCUGCCGGCGGCUUCCCCAACCUCGUCGCCUCCGCCUUCGUCGACGGCAUCGAGUGGCUCCCGCCGAGCGGGCCCGGGCAUGUCUGCUCCAUCAUUAUGCUCAUGCUGCAAUGGUGCGACACGGAUCUGGGCGACGACAAGCACGCGUGCAUCGACAAGGGCGUGCGCGAUGCGCUCCGCGAGAAGUGCCGUGCGCUCAUUGACGACGAGCACUGGGACGAGUGGGAUCAAUACAACCAGAUCGAGGUUCAGCGCCUGCAGGGCAUGCUGGGGCCGAUCGAGCACAUGCCGAUGGGGUACUAUCUGCAGUCGUCGAAGGAUUACUUGGCGAACAAGAUUCCGGGGCUGGAGGAGUGCAACGUGUGCAUGGAGGAUGAUGUACCGCUGCAGUGCUCGAGAUGCAAGUCGGUGAGGUACUGCGGGAAGGCGUGCCAGAAGAAGGAUUGGAAGAAGGGGCACAAGCUGCGGUGCUAUGAGAUGGUGUUCUGAGGCAGUCCAGGCACCCGAUAAAACCAGUUUUAACUACUGUAGGACUGCAUCCAUCCAUCCGCAGAGCAGUAUAGGGCAGCAGAUCAUCUCACAGGGUCGAUGUGCCUACCUUUCGAGCAGGUCAGAACCAUCCCGCCCAGCAGAGUAGCUUUACGACGGGUGUGACGAACUUCAACAUAGCCGC